AUGAAAGUGUCGGACUCUCCCACAUCGAGCGCGCCGGGCACACCUGGCACUCCGUCGCGAUCACACAUGCCACCUGCGCCCAAGCUUGCCUAUACUCGCGAGCACAUCCUGCACGAGCUGCAGCAGCAGGAGCAAAAUUGCCAGCGCGAGAUCGGUCUCGUGGUGGUGGGCCAUGUCGAUGCAGGCAAGUCGACGCUCAUGGGCCGUAUGCUCGUCGAGCUGGGCCACGUCACGGAUCGCGAGCACCAUCAAAAUGUGCGGAACAGCAGCAAGGCCGGGAAGGGCAGCUUCGCCUACGCAUGGUCUCUUGACUCAUCGGAGGAAGAACGGGCACAUGGCGUGACGAUUGAUGUAGCGCACGACACGUUCCGCACCGAGCGCACGCUGUUUCAUCUGCUCGACGCGCCCGGCCACAAAGACUUUGUGCCUAACAUGAUUAGUGGCGCCGCACAGGCUGAUGCAGGUGUCCUCGUCGUGGACGCAAUUACCGGUGAGUUUGAGUCUGGCUUCUCCCCUCAGGGCCAGACACGCGAGCAUGCGACGCUGCUGCGCUCGCUUGGCGUCCAGCAGCUUGUCGUGGCCAUCAACAAGCUGGACGCGAUGGACUAUCUGCAAGCGCGGUACGAAGAUAUUGUCGCACAACUUACGCCGUUCCUAUCGCACUGCGGCUUCGAUAUGUCGCAUGUGCAGUUUGUGCCCGUGGCAGGCGUAACGGGUGAGAAUCUGCGCGCACGCUCCGAGUCCGGCUCCCUGGCCACAUGGUACCGUGGCGACACGCUCGCCGAGGCACUCGAUAAGCUGCAGCAGCCAUCACGCAUGUAUGAUGCUCCGCUGCGCAUGCCUGUGAACAACGUGUUCAAGGGCGGCUCGCUGAUUAGCUCAGGUCUAGGCGUGAGUGGUCGUAUUGUAAGUGGCAUUGUACAGGUCGGCGAAGUGCUGCGUGCGCUUCCAGGCGAUGCAUGGGGGAUCGUCAAGGCGAUCGAAUGCGAGAAUGAUACACGGCCCUGGGCAGCAGCUGGUGCUAUUGUGACGCUAUACCUGACGCAAAUCGAAGCAAACGAGGUGAGUGUCGGGAGCAUUUUGUGUGUGCCAUCGGCGCCCGUGCCUCUAUGUCGCGAAGUGCUGGUGCAGCUGCUGGUCUUUGCACCGACGUAUCCCAUCCUGCCAGGCACAGCCGUUGAAGUGUUUCACCACAGCGCUGAGAUUCCCGCUCAGAUCACCGAGCUUGUGAGUUUGCUGGAUCGCGCCUCGGGCGACGUGAUUCGUCUGCGGCCCCGUGUCUUGUCACGCCAUGCUACGGCCGUCGUACGCGUGUCGCUCGGUAGGCGAGGUCACGGUGCUGGCUUCCCGCUCGAGGUUUUCAGCACGAAUAAGGACAUGGCUCGCUUGCUAUUCCGCAUGCAUGGCGAGACAAUCGCGGCGGGUAUCAUCAUCGAAGCUACGCCGUAG